GGUGUUGGCCUGUCAAACAGUCUUGUUAAUGUACCUGUUAAAUAUCGAGAGAGACUGAAUGUUUUGAAGCUUCAUAGUUACUUAUAGACAGUCUUUGAUUGACAGUUUUUAAACUAGUAGUUGUGCACUGCACAGCAACUGGGAAAAAAAAAAACUGCUGUAGUCAGUCCUAAUUGUGAUUAAUUCUAAAUGAAUGGAUUUCCAUAUCGUCUGUUGGUGAGGGAAGCACAGAGUCAGGUGUGUCUAAUCGUCCUCUUUGUCUUUGCUCGCAUUGUCUGCAUAGUUUCUAUACUAGAUGACGGUACAAACACGGAAUGAGGCAUGUAGCCUACUCAUGACGCUCUACUUCGCAUAGCUCAAACUACAGAGAGAGAGAGAGAGAGAGAGAGAGAGAGAGAGAGAUUGAGAGAGGGAGAGAUUGAGAGAAAGAGAGAGGUAUAUUCUACUGACAAGAAGAAGGACGAGAGCUCAGCACUCAUCUGUGGUUUACUGUUUUAGGUUUUAUUGACUAUGUGACAACAACGUGACUAUGUAUUUUUAUCAGAACGCAUUGUUUUGUAGUUUAUUAUGAUGUCGUGUUAAUUGAAAGGUGAAUUUUUUUCGAUUUAUUGCAUAUUCGGUUUAUUGCAUCGAAUAUUAAAUAUUGGAGCUACGACUAUGAAAUUCAACGGAUAUUUGAGGCUGCGUAUCGGGGAGGCGGUGGAUUUAAAACCAACAACUUCUUCAACUCGCCACACCUUUAAUAAGAAGAGCCACCUGGAUCCUUACAUCGUUAUUAAAGUAGAUAAUCUGAAAGUUGGACAAACCGCCACAAAAUCGAAGACCAACAAGCCGACCUUCAAUGAAGACAUCUGUGAAUACAUCUCGAAUGGCAAAGAGCUGGAACUGGCUGUUUUUCAUAACACCCCUAUAGGAUACGACGAUUUUGUCGCCAAUUACAGAAUCCAGCUUGACGAACUGAUAGUGCCAUCAAACACAAGACAAACUUUUGAGGGAUGGGUGAAUCUGGAGCCAGAGGGAAGUGUGUAUAUAUCCAUCUCUCUCACCGGCUCCUUUACAGAUGACGAAGCUGUGAAUGGAUUGAGAAUGAAAUCCCAUAAAAAGUUUACAAGGAAAAAAGCUUUAAAGAAAAGAAAGGUCCACCAAGUCUACGGACAUAAGUUUAUGGCAACCUUCCUUCCCCAGCCUACUUUUUGCUGCCAUUGCAAAAACUUCAUUUGGGGUGUUAUUGGAAAGCAAGGUUAUCAGUGUCAAGUGUGCGCGUGUGUGGUCCAUAAGAGGUGUCAUAACUUGGUUGUAAGUGAGUGUCCACGCAUGAAGAAAGAUUCAAAUGAGGACCAAAGGCAGGGCUUCGGCAUCAACUUACCCCACCAGUUCAGAGAGCACAACUACAAAGUUCCCACAUACUGUAACCACUGCGGAUCUCUCCUUUAUGGCCUGAUAAAACAGGGUCUUCACUGCAAGAGUUGUAAAAUGAACAUCCACAAACGCUGUGAGCAGAAUGUCGCACCCAACUGCGGGGUGAACAGUUCUGAACUUGCCAGCAAAUUGUCGGAGAUUGGAUUGCUCAACACGCUCUCCAAGCGAAAGUCUCAGAGUUCUCUGUACAUGACAGGAGUAAAGGGUCAGAACUCCGUUAAAAGCAUACCUACAGCACUUGAGGAGCAAGAGGACGAGACUGUUAAAGUUUGUCUGGAAGACUUUAGUUUCUUGCAAGUGCUGGGAAAAGGCAGCUUUGGCAAGGUGAUGUUGGCUCGUCUAAAAAGUGAUCACAGGGUCUUUGCCGUGAAAAUGCUGAAGAAGGAUGUCAUACUGCAAGACGAUGAUGUCGAGGCAACCAUGAUUGAGAAGAGAGUGCUGACUCUGGCCCACCAACAUCCAUUUCUUACACAGCUCUACUACUGCUUUCAGACUGCGGAACGGUUAUUCUUUGUCAUGGAGUUUGUGAAUGGUGGAGACCUCAUGUUCCACAUCCAGAAGUGCAGGCGCUUUGAUGAGCCACGAGCACAGUUUUAUUCCGCGGAAAUCAUUUCAGCCCUGAUGUUCCUUCACUCCAAAGGGAUCAUUUACAGGGACUUGAAACUGGACAAUAUUCUUCUGGACAGACAUGGCCACUGCAAACUGGCAGAUUUUGGCAUGUGCAAAGAGGAAAUCUUUAAUGGAAAACUUACUAGCACCUUCUGUGGGACUCCAGAUUAUAUUGCACCUGAGAUCAUCCUGGAGGAGCCGUAUGGCAUAUCAGUGGACUGGUGGGCUCUGGGCGUGCUGCUUUAUGAGAUGCUGUCGGGUCAUGCUCCAUUUGAAGCGGAGACUGAGGACGAGCUGUUUGAGUGCAUCCUAAGAGACGAGAUCAUUUAUUCAUCCUGGCUCAGCAACGAAGCAGAGGACAUUCUUAGAGGAUUACUCACCAGAGACCCGGCAUGUCGAUUGGGCUGCAUGGAUAGAGAUGGAGGAGAAGAGGCCAUCACUGCACACCCGUUUUUCGCAGGACUGGACUGGGAGAAGCUGAACAGACGAGAGAUCAAACCACCGUUCACACCUCGAAUAGAAUCUAUUGAGGAUGUGGCCAAUUUUGACCCUGACUUCACCCAAGAGGAACCGUGUCUUACACCCAUAGAGGACAGCCUUUUCCAUUUGCACCAGGAUGAUUUUAAAGACUUCACCUAUACAGCUCCAGAGCUGCGACUGAACUAACAUUCACGGCUUAUUUAGAUUUUUACUUUCCCUAAUUAAAGGAUUUGUACACUUUCAAAUAAAAUUUUCCUGAUAAUUUAUUCACCCCCAUGUCAUCCAAGAUGUUCAUGUAGAAAGACAUGAACAUCUUGGAUGACAUGGGGGUGAGUAAAUUUAUCAGGAAAUUUUAUUUGAAAGUGGACUAAUCCUUUAACUUCCUCUGGCGAACUUCUUUUAAUACACUUUAUUGACAAACUUGGUGCCAAGGCAAAAAUUUCAAACAGUAGAAGCAUUUUGAAGUGUUUUUUUCCUGCAUAAACGUACGCAUAGUCAGUCUUGCAUAUGAUUUUUACAAGUGUAUCUGUUUUUUGUUCAUGCAGCUGCCAACUGCUUUGUCUUGCAGCUUAAUAGAAAGCAUGGGAACAGAUUCUCAGCAAGUUACUUGCAAUGAGCACUUGUUAGUUGAGUUGUUAACUGAGUCAUUGUAAUGAGUUAAGUUAUGUUAUGUGUUGUAAAGUAUUGCUAACUAAUAAACUUGAAAAAUCCUUUUGUAA